UAAAAAACAAAUUCCCCAAAUUGAAGUUUUCAUCCAAGAUUAGAAUCCCCUGGCAUCAGAAAUCACAUAUUCUCUCUCCUCUUUCCUCUUUCCUCUUUCCCUCCCAAAAUUUCCGAAGAGGAAGAAAUCUCGUUCGUAUCUCUCUCCUCUCGGGAUUAUUUCGCUUCUUUUUAUCUAGAUUUUAUCUCUAAUGGCUUCCGAAAAUUUCACCGACAAAAAUGCCAUUUUCAGAAAGCUCAGAGCUAAAUCCGAGAAUAAGAUGUGUUUCGAUUGUAAUGCGAAGAACCCUACUUGGGCGUCGGUGACCUAUGGGAUCUUCCUGUGUAUCGACUGCUCCGCGGCUCACCGGAGCCUCGGUGUUCAUAUCAGUUUCGUCAGGUCUACAAACUUGGAUUCAUGGUCACCUGAGCAGUUGAAGAUGAUGUUCUUUGGGGGAAACAACCGUGCUCAUACAUUCUUUAAGCAGCAUGGAUGGGGUGAAGGAGGAGGCAAGGUUGAAGCUAGAUAUACAUCACGAGCUGCUGAUUUAUACAAGCAAAUACUGGCGAAAGAAGUUGCUAAAAAUUCUGUUGAAGAUUCUAGUUUACCUUCUUCUCCAGUGGCUUCACAGUCUGCCCAGGCAUCUAACGGAUUUUCUGAUGCUAACAGCAGUGAAAUUCCAAAGGAAAUUGUAAUAGAAAAGAAGGAAACAGCUGACUUACCUGCUUCUCCAACAGCUCGUUCUGUAAGUACUUCUACUGUCAAGAGACCUCUUGGACUUGGAGCAAAGAAAGCUGGAAAAAGUGGAGGGCUGGGUGCUAGAAAGCUUACGAAAAAGCCAAAUGAGGACCUUUAUGAGCAGAAGCCAGAGGAGCCCCCUGCUCCUGUUGCUACCCCAAGUAGCAAGCCACUCCCUGUUGGAUCAUCUUAUCUUUCUCGCUUCGAGUAUGUUGAAAACAAUAAUACUACCGGAACAGAGAAAAUGUCAGAUGGACCUCAGAUGAUUAGCCAUGUUGCACCACCCAAGUCAUCAAGCUUUUUCGCAGACUUUGGUAUGGACAGUGGUUUCCAGAGAAAAGGAAGCUUAAAUUCUUCAAAAUUACAGGUGGAAGAAACUGAUGAGGCCAGGAAAAAGUUCUCAAAUGCUAAAUCAAUUUCCUCUUCUCAAUACUUUGGAGACCAGAGCAGAGCUGGUGAUUUGGAUGCUCGAGCUUCCCUGCAAAAGUUUUCUGGAUCAAGUGCAAUCUCUAGUGCCGAUCUUUUUGGACAUGAUGGUGACAAUUCUUCUCUUGAUGUAUCUGCAAGUGAUCUCAUCAACCGUUUAUCAUUCCAGGCACAACAAGAUAUAUCUUCCUUGAAGAAUAUUGCCGGAGAAACAGGGAAGAAGCUCGGUACCCUGGCGUCGUCGUUGAUAACUGAUCUUCAGGAUAGAAUCCUUUAGUGUAAUGUCUGUAAUCAUUUGAAAAUUGUCACAAAUACAAGGAGAGAUUAAUUUAGUAUAUGUAAAAUGAGUUUUUUCUUGCAAUUCUUUGGAAAACGAAUAAGAUUUUGCACUCUUUCCUAGUUUCCUGUGUGCUUGCCUAGCAUAUUGUGUUGUGAGGGACCAAGAGUGUUUCAUUGUUACGACUUACGAAUUGUCAUUUUUGUCUUUAUAUUUAGUUAGUUAUUAUUACUGUGUAAACAUAGCAGAAUUUUCAAUCUCUGCUAUGGUCCUGUCUGUGGCGAUCAACUGUGUUUUCUUAUAUGAUUUUUAUUGUUGCUACUA